AUGGAUUACAGCUCGUUCAGCGGAGUGCCCCGGUUCUUGACCCGGCCUAAGGCGUUUAUGGUGUCUGUGGGGAAGGAUGCCACCUUGAGCUGCCAGAUCAUUGGAAACCCCAUCCCGGUUGUGAGCUGGGAAAAGGAUAAACUUCCAGUCCAGUCUGGGGGAAGGUUCAAAACCACAGAAGAUGGGGAUCUCUAUCGGCUAACCAUCUACGACCUGAGCCUGGAGGACAGUGGCCAAUACAUCUGCCGGGCUAAGAACACCAUCGGGGAAGCUUUUGCAGCUGUCAGCAUCAAAGUCGGAGAGGAGACCACAGUAACGGAGUCAGCCCCAUACUUCAUCCAGAAACCCUCCUCCAUCAAAGUAACGUUGGGAGAAGACGCCAUGUUCAAAUGUAAAGUCCAGGGCAGCCCUCCCCUCUCGGUGAACUGGGAGAAGGAUGGGAGACACCUGCGGAACCGGGCUGAUGCCGGCCGCUUCCAGAUCGAGUCUGCUGGGGAGUCAAACGCUCUCACCAUCCAGUGUGCCCGGCUGGGGGACAGCGGCACUUACACCUGCCGGGCAGAGAAUCCCAUCGGCUCUGCCAGUGCUUCGGCCGCGUUGGUGGUGGAAACGCAGGGCUCUUCCAACCCGGGCAGCAGCAGCCACUUGGAUACCAGCUGCGGCAAGACGGCAUCCUUGUUGUCUCACUUGCAGAAGAGGCGGGAGGAGAUCAGGAAGAUGGACAUCUCCCAUGGCGCUUUCGAUUCAACAUCUGGCCAGACUUACUCCACAGCAGAAGGUCUCUCUGGCAUCGGCUACGGCCUUUCCUGGGAUUACGAGAGAGCGGCUGGACUCUCCACCAAAGGGCCCCGCAACGCGACUUUUGGGGCAUUGACACGCACGUGCAGCGUGACGGAGGGGAAGCACGCCAAGCUGAGCUGCUACGUGACGGGCGAGCCCAAGCCAGAGAUUGUGUGGAAGAAGGACAACGAGGUCAUUUUGGAAGGGCGGCGGCAUGUCAUCUAUGAGGAUGAUCAGGAGAACUUUGUGCUGAAGAUCCUCUUCUGCAAGCAGAUAGACAACGGGCUGUACACCUGCACGGCCUCCAACCUGGCAGGCCAGACGUACAGCUCCGUGCUCGUCACCGUCAAAGAACCCUCAAUACCCUUCAAGGAGAAACUGAAGGACCUUGAAGUGAGGGAGAAGGAAGCUGCCACCUUCCAAUGUGAAGUACCUGUUCCUAGUACGGAGACAGCUUGGUUCAAGGAGGAAACCAAACUCCGGCAGAGCAAGAAAUACAACAUCGAAGAAGAGGGCACGUAUCGCCGACUCACUGUUCAGAACGUCACUGCAGACGACGAUGCUGUCUACAUCUGUGAGAUGAAAGAAGGGAGCAGGACCAUUGCGGAGCUGUCUGUCCAAGGGAACAUCAUUAAAAAACUUCCACGGAAGACUGCAGUCUUCAUAAAUGACACAGCCAUCUUCUGUGUGGAGCUGGAAAACGAAUGCCAGAACAUCCGAUGGCUGAAAAAUAAAGAAGAAGUGAAACCCAGUGAUCGAAUCUCCAUCACAUGCUCUGGCAAGCAACAUACCAUGAUCAUCCGAGAGUGUAAGAUGGAAGAUGCUGGUGAGAUUGCCUUCCUGGCUGAUGAAAGCAGAACAUCUACCCAGUUCACUGUGACCACUCCCAAAAAACCUCCCACCCAACCCCCAGCUGACCCUGUGGUGAAAAAUAAAACAGAAACCUCAGUGACGCUAGCAUGGUCCCCUCCGAAGAUGAACCGCCCCAUUCCAAUCGAUGGCUACGUCGUGGAACGCAAGAAACUAACCGGCUUUACCUGGGUGAGGUGCCACGAGUCUCACGUCCCUGUCCCAGAGUUCACGGUGAGCAACCUGUCAGAAGAGGCCGACUACCAGUUCAGAGUGUCUGCAGUCAACGCCUACGGACAGAGCCCCUACCUGGAGUUCCCAGGGAGCAUGCACCUCGAACCAGUCUUGGCUGUGAAAACCCCCCUGACAACUGUUGAAGCUGUACCUGGAGGGGAUGCCCUGUUUACUCUUGACCUGACAAAGACGUGUUCCGGCACUUGGUACCUUAAUGGUAAAGUCUUACAGGAAAGUGAGACUUACGUCAUUAAGAGAACUCAAACUACUCACACACUAAUCAUAAAGAACAUCACCAAGAGCGACGAUGGAGCAGAAGUGAAAUUUGUUGCAAAUAAUGUUGACACCAGCACCAAGAUGAGAGUAAAAGGUGCUGCAGUGAGAUUUACCAACAAGAGCAGAGAUAUAGAAAAGGUCUCCGCUCGGCUGCGGGAGGAAGCCAAACUUCAGGCUGAGCUUUCAGACACAGAGGCUACUGUGAAGUGGCUGAAGGAUGGGAAAGAGCUCAAGGCCAGCGAAAAAUACGAACUUCAAACUGUGGGGAAGCGGCAUAUCCUGCAUAUUCGCAGCACAGCAGCAGAGGAUGCUGGAGUUUAUGAGUGCACCUGUGAAGGGGAUAAAAUGCUCUAUCAGCUUUCAGUGAAAGCACUUGCAAACUUCAUAAACAAAGAGAAGACUGGAGGAGUUAUCAGGGCCAUCGCUGGAAAACAGGCUGAAUUUGUUUCUGAGACCUCUGAGGCCAACAUCAUGGUUAAGUGGUACAAAGAUGGCAAAGAAAUCACAGCCAGUAAGAAAUUCACCAUGGAAGAUAAAGGAAAACUGCAUAAGCUGGUGGCUUCAGCUGUGACAAAAGAAGAUGAAGGAAUAUACACAUGCAAAAUUGGAGAUGAUACUCUUCUCUUUGAUUUAAAAGUCUCAGAUGAUGCUGUUAAUUUUGUCAACAAGCCCAAAACAACUCCAGAAAUAUCAGUCAGUCCUUCCGAAAACCUUGAGCUGGCGUGUGAGGUGUCAGCUGCAAGCGGAGCCGUGGUAUGGAAGAAGGAUCAAACUGAGGUGAAGCAGGACCAGAGGACAACAGUCAUCUCCCAGGGGACACACCGCAAGCUCAUCAUCAAGAAGGUGACACAGCAAGACCAAGGGAGCUAUACCUGUGAAACGAAGGAUGACAAAACAACAUUCCAAGUCAAAGUCAGAGAGACAGAAGAUGUGUUUACAAACAAGGACAAGGUACAAAAGGAGGUGAAGGCUGUACUGACACAGAACACCAUGUUGAGCUGCGAGGUGGCCCAGGAGAAGACCGACGUGAAAUGGUACAAGGAGGGGAAACUGAUCACCUCGAGCAAGAAGUUCAAGGUGGAGUCGGAGGGCAAAUCGCGUCGUCUGGUGGUGGGUCAGGUGGAGAAGAAGGAUGCUGGGGAGUACACCUGCGAGGCUGCUGGCCAGAAACUGACCUUCAAGAUUGUUGUCACAG